AUAAGUCCUAAUUGUUGGUACACACGGUUGAUCGGGUCGACCCGUUAACCCGACCCACUGAAACACGGGUUUAGGGUUUAAGCAUAGACGCUUUCCUUCUUUUUUCUGUUCGCCAGAAAACAGAGCCGUUACUGGCAAAAAACCUAAAACCUUUGCAUACCUUAGUAAACCCCAACACCUGUGUCUCUGUCUCUUUCUUUUUGCGCCUUAAUUGAAAAAUGGAUAAGAACAUAAUAUCAGACUUGGAUAAUUUUCCUGAAGAAGAUAAGCAAAGAAUGUCCACCAUGGCAGACCAGCUCCAAAUCCGGGACAGUCUAAGGAUGUAUAAUUCAUUAGUGGAGAAAUGUUUCAAGGAAUGUGUCAAUACAUUCUAUCGGAAAUCCAUGACCAAGCAAGAAGAAACUUGUGUUCUCAGAUGUGCUCAAAAGUACUUGAGGCUUUCAAUGCAAGUUGGCUUGAGAUUUUCAGAUCUCAACCAAGGAUCAUCUACAACAGAUAAAUAGCCUCUGGAUGAUAGGAACAGAAAGCAAACUUGAGUCUUGAGAGAAUGCAAAGAAGUAGUUAACUGAGGUAAUUCUCAGCAGAGAGCUGUUAGUGUGAAAUGCUAAUUUCCAAUGACUAAUACAGAGUCAAUUUGGACGUAUACUAUGAAUGAAAAACUAAUAUUAGCACUUUAAGACAAAAGAAACUGCGAUGUUAGAGGUUAGGAUUAAUACAUCACAUUUGUGAAAUCUAAUAAUGGUAGAAAAUGACAAGUAUUCAAAUUGAUAAAGAUCAUUUUUGUGAUUGUAUUAGAUUCAUUAUUAAAUUAUAAAUUA